GGACUUACUACCCUCGCAGAGAUUCAUCUGCGUCUGCAAAUUCAAGGUAAUUCCAACAACAUCCCCCCUCGUCCUCGCUACGGGUCUUCAGAGGAUGGCCAGAGACAAGCGACGAACCCUCAGAUGAGGUUGAGCACGAAGGGUCCGGUGAAGGCACCCAACAUGCUGAAGACGGUGGAGAAGAGGAUGAAGAGGAGCCUGACGAGGGUAGCCAAGAUCGGAGUUUGGCGCAGAAGAAAAGCUCGAAGGUAAAUAUAGAAGCAACGAAGACUCCCGGACCCAAGAAGAAAUCGUACGCCAGAUGGAACAAGCCUGCCGGGAGGCGGAGGAACAACGGGAGAAGGAAAUGGCAGAGAGGAAGGCUUCGCUACAUGAGUUCAAGGACAGCGCCGAAGAAUGGCUGUUCAGGGUCUGUCUUCCUAACACCAAUUCUAUGUACGGCUUCCGUGUCCUCAGAUCGGCAUCCCAACACAAUGUCGCGACCUCUGUGAUCUUCUCAACUGACCCUAUCGCUGUUUUCGAUAUGGAUGCUUUCUGUAGACAUUGAACCACAAACGCCUGGACCAGUUGAUGGUACUGUUACAUAUCGUC